UCCAAGGGAAGAGGGGGGUACCCUUUCAUCCAUAAGAGUGGGAGAGAAGGGCUUAAGAAUUCAAACUCAGCUGCAACCCUUUCACACUCUCUUUCCAAUCCCAACCCCACCUAACGUCCCCGUCCCUCUCUCAUUUCAAAGCCAGAACCCCCAGGGCCAGAGAAUCUAUGGAGUAAAGCACCCCCUGGGAAUCUAUGGAGGAAAGCACCCCUGGGAAUCUAUGGAGGAAAGCACCCCCUGGGAAUCUAUGGAGGAAAGCACCCCCUGGGAAUCUAUGGAGGAAAGCACCCCCUGGGAAUCUAUGGAGGAAAGCACCCCCUGGGAAUCUAUGGAGGAAAGCACCCCCUGGGAAUCUAUGGAGGAAAGCACACCCUGGGAAUCUAUGGAGGAAAGCACCCCCUGGGAAUCUAUGGAGGAAAGCACCCCUGGGAAUCUAUGGAGGAAAGCACCCCCUGGGAAUCUAUGGAGGAAAGCACCCCCUGGGAAUCUAUGGAGGAAAGCACCCCCUGGGAAUCUAUGGAGGAAAGCACCCCUGGGAAUCUAUGGAGGAAAGCACCCCCUGGGAAUCUAUGGAGGAAAGCACCCCCUGGGAAUCUAUGGAGGAAAGCACCCCCUGGGAAUCUAUGGAGGAAAGCACCCCCUGGGAAUCUAUGGAGGAAAGCACACCCUGGGAAUCUAUGGAGGAAAGCACCCCUGGGAAUCUAUGGAGGAAAGCACCCCCUGGGAAUCUAUCGAGGAAAGCACCCCCUGGGAAUCUAUGGAGGAAAGCACACCCUGGGAAUCUAUGGAGGAACAUAGAACCAGGGUAGACAGAAGUGUAAAACUACACUACUGCAGCUACCUUUCAAGAUCAGUGCCAGAAUAGUUUUAGGAUCCAUCAGCAGCUUGCUUUUGUGGUCGUUUUGAACCUCUAACCCAUGGAUGACACAUGGGUUAGAGGUACACAUGAACAGGCACGAAUGGAGGGAGACAUGAGGAAUAGUGAGUAUUUUCUCAAGACCGAAAAACAAUUAAAUAUAAAUCAAUGGAGAUUACUUUAAGAGGCCUAAUAAAGAUGGAUCACAGAACCGCCCACAGCCUCAUGAUGCCCCUGUCCACUACUGACCUUCUCUCUGAUUGGAUGAGGCAGAAUGAUUUAAGGCAGUGAUUGGAAACGACAGGAGGGUUAAAGAGGAUUGCAGCAGUAGAGACAGGAGAAGAAGUAUAACCAGUCUUCAAGACCACAGUAAGCUAUAUGAGAUAUGGG